AUGCAACCGGGUGUGCGGGUCUGUGCGCCCAGUGCGGCUGUGCUGGGCCUGUUUUGCCGAGGUUGCCUCAGCAGGGCGCGGAGUUUUCCCGGUCGCAGCUUCAGUUCUUUGCCCAGGCAGAUGAGCAGGUGGAACAGCCGGGAGACCUGCAGCCCCCCACCUCCUCAGGAAAACCCUCGUGUACUCAUCACAGGUGGACUUGGGCAGUUAGGUGUGGGGCUCGCACAAAUACUGAGAAAACAGUACGGAACAGAGAAUGUAAUCCUGUCAGACAUCAAGAAGCCUCCACCUCAUGUUUUCAGCAGUGGUCCGUUUGUAUACGCUGAUGUGCUGGACUACAAACAUCUCAGAGAACUGAUUGUAAAUAAUCGUAUCACUUGGCUGGUCCACUACAGCGCUCUGCUUAGUGCUGUGGGCGAGGCUAAUGUGGCUUUGGCACGCAAGAUCAACAUCACAGGCCUUCAUAAUGUGCUGGACUUGGCCCUGGAGAACUGCCUGCGCCUCUUUGUCCCCAGCACCAUUGGAGCGUUUGGCCCCUCUUCUCCACGUGACCCUGCCCCUGACCUCUGUGUCCAAAGACCUCGAACCAUCUAUGGCGUGUCCAAAGUGCAUGGAGAGCUGAUGGGGGAGUAUCUCCAUCAUAAAUAUGGCCUGGACUUCCGCUGCCUACGUUACCCAGGUGUGAUAUCGGUCAACACACCUCCUGGAGGAGGAACAACAGACUAUGCAGUUCAAAUUUUCCACGACGCUCUCAGCACAGGUCACCACGAGUGCUACCUGCGACCCGACACCCGUCUUCCCAUGAUGCAUAUCUCUGACUGCCACCGUGCCACAGUAGAGUUCAUGCAGGCUCCAGAGUGCCAGCUGUCCCUGCGUACCUACAACAUCGCUGCCAUGAGCUUCACCCCAGAAGAGGUGGCUCAAGAAAUUCGCAAGCAUCUCCCUCACCUCAAGGUCACCUACAAUCCUGAUUCUGUCCGCCAGACCAUUGCAGACAGCUGGCCAGUGAGGUUUGACGACACCAAUGCCAGGAGAGACUGGGGCUGGGCACCAGCCUUCGGGCUUGAAGAGCUAGUGUCAGACAUGUUGCGCUCCAUUCGAGACAAGAGGACCAAUGAGGGUUUGCCAGUCAGCUAGCAAAACCUGCUCCUCAAAGACUGACCAAUACCCUACCCCUGACUUUUCUUAAGCCUGCAUUUAGCAACAAUACACUCUCUUUCACUUCACUUUCAGGCGUUGUCAACCACUAUCCUGUGUUACUCUGGAACAUUACAGUAAUGAGCCAGGGACUGUUUGUGAAGUGGGAAUCCUCAGUCAGAACCUCUCAAUAUACAGUGGACAGUGAGACGUCAUACACAUGCGCACAAGCACACACAUUUCAACCUUUUUCAGGGAAUAAUAUACUGUCAAACCUUCUCUCCAUCUUUGUUGUUUUUAAUUGUUACCAUGGUAUAAGCAUCACUUUACACAUGGUUAUGUUGCCUCAGAUGGAACAGAAAACUUAUUUCUUAAGCUUUAGAGAUUUCCAAAUGUCAUGUUAAUCGCAUGCAUGGACACAAUAGUCUGUUACAAUGUCUAUUGCAAUGUCUAAUACAAUAUGGACCAGUUACACAUUUGAAGUAACAAAUCUGUUGUACACAUUGAUUCCAGGAUCAUCUGGAAUGGCUGGCUCAGUUAACUCUGGACUGUAAUGACACAUCAUGUAUUCUGGCUGUUUUAUAAGGCAGUCUUUUAUAAUAUAGUCUAUCAAGUGAAAAUCACACACUGUAUACAACCCCAUUACCCUUGCUGUGGCAUCUAACAGGAAGCCUUUAUUUUACUCUUUUUGCCAGCAGUGUGAUUUUGGUUAUGAAUGAGUACCAAUAACAAAUGAAGCCUUAUUUACUGUAGAUUACUUUGG